CACGUGACAGGAAAGCGGAAGAAGCGAGCGAGCGCCUUUAUACAGUCGACAAAAGCCGAAGACUUGAUAAUAGCCCCCCACAAGGGACUGUGACAUGGCGGGGGUGAAAGCCCUGGUUGGCUUAUCAUUCACGGGAGUCAUUGGCCUGACGUUUCUUAUGUUGGCAUGUGCCCUAGAAAAUUAUGGUGUAUAUUGGCCUCUAUUUGUUUUGAUAUUUUAUGCCAUAUGUCCUAUACCUCACCUCAUUGCAAAACGAUUAAGUGAUGAUACAGAUGCUGCAAGCAGUGCCUGCAGGGAGCUAGCAUAUUUCGUCACAACUGGAAUUGUGGUUUCUGCCUUUGGAUUGCCUAUCAUCCUUGCACGAUUCCAUAUGAUCCAGUGGGGAGCUUGUGGCCUUGUGCUAGCUGGAAAUGCAGUAAUUUUACUUACCGUUUUAGGCUUUUUCCUUCUAUUUGGCAGAGGAGAUGAUUUUAGCUGGGAACAAUGGUAG